CCCAUUCAGCCUUUCUUGGCCCGAUCGCCCUCAGCACGGAUUCCCGAUUCCUUCUUGGUCCUCCUACGCCAGGUUUCGGAUUCUUUCCUUCUCAACGCUCCGGGAUUGGGGAUUCCGCUUCUCUCCAGGUCCUCCCGGACACAGGUUUCUUCCAUCCUCCUCCUCGCCCCGCCUCCGGCUGGCUUCCGCUUCCCUUUUCCUUAUUUCCCCAACCAGGUUUCCAGUUUCUUCCUCGGCUGGGGCUCUGGUUCAACCCAGGACUCCACCUCGCUCUUCGGCGUCUGAAGGGCCGUCCGUGGCAACCGUCCUUCGCCCAGGAGGAGCGACCCGCGCACCCUGUAACUCCCAGGACUUUCCCGGGGGUGGCGCGGACUUUGCUACCGUUGCCCUCCCGGCUGCGCUCGAAAACCGGGACAGUUUCAGUGUUGGACUACGUUUCCCACAGGCCCCAGGGACACGAAUGAACUUCGACUUUUGGUUCCCCUUCCGGUAUCAUCGUGGUUAUUGGAGUAUGCCUGUUCUGCAAGAGAAGCCCCCUGAAGUGGAGGAGAGCGUUGCCACUUAAAAGCCUGUUCAAGUUUUGACAGAGGAACAUGUCAACAGAGUUCCUCACGCUGUCAUGGCAGAAAUGGAAUUCCCAGACCAAUUCUUCACAGUUCUAAGCAUGGACCAUGAGUUGGUGACAUUCAGGGAUGUGGUCAUCACCUUCUCUCCAGAGGAAUGGGAAUAUCUGGAUUCAGCUCAGAGGAACUUGUAUUGGGAUGUGAUGAUGGAGAACUAUAGCAACUUGGUCUCACUGGAUUUGGAUUCCAACUAUGACAAGAAGUGUUCAUCUACUAGAAAGGACAUCACUGAAAACAGUGGGUCUCAGUGCAAAGUAACAGAAAGUAAAUUCAUUGGUCUUGAGAGCUUUAUUUUCAGAAAUGACCAGCAAAGCAAAGGCAAGUCUGAAGUACAAAGAUCUGAAGUGGGAUAUUUCAGUCAAAUGAAAAUCAACUCUGAAAAGGUGCCCAAUAACAAGUCUGUUAUAUCACAUCAGACAACUCAUAAUAGCAAAAACCCCCAUGCAUAUAAGGAAUAUGGGAAGGUCCUUAGCUUUGACUUAAAUUUUGGUGAGUAUGAGAGAAUACACACUGGUGAGAAGACAUAUCAAUAUAAUGCAUAUUGGAAGACCUUUGGCGAUGACCCACAUACCCUACAACUGAAAAUACAUAGUGGUGUGAAACCUUGUAAAUAUAUGGAAUCUGAGAAUGCAUUUAGUUUUUAUGAAGACCUUAGUAUACAGAAAAUGCAUGAUGAUCAGAAGUGCUAUAAAUGUAAGAAAUAUGAAAGGACCAUUAGAAGAGUUGAAGAAAUACCUCCACUUCAAGUAAUUCAUGAUGCUGAGAAACCCUAUGAAUGCACUUUCUGUAGUAAAUCCUUUAGAGUUCAUACACAACUUACUCGACACCAGAAAAUCCAUACUGAUGAGAAACCUUACAAAUGUAUGGAAUGUGGCAAGGACUUUAGGUUCCAUUCACAGCUAACUGAACAUCAAAGAAUUCAUACUGGUGAGAAACCAUACAAAUGUAUACAGUGUGAGAAAGUCUUCAGAAUUAGUUCACAGCUUAUUGAACAUCAGAGAAUUCAUACAGGUGAGAAGCCUUAUGCAUGUAAAGAAUGUGGGAAGACCUUUGGAGUCUGUAGAGAACUUGCUCGACAUCAGAGAAUUCAUACCGGAAAGAAACCCUAUGAAUGCAAGGCAUGUGGAAAGGUCUUUAGAAACAGUUCAUCGCUGACUAGACAUCAGAGAAUUCAUACUGGUGAGAAACCCUAUAAAUGCAAGGAAUGUGGGAAAGCUUUUGGAGUAGGCAGUGAACUUACUCGACAUCAGAGAAUUCACAGUGGUCAGAAACCUUAUGAAUGUAAAGAGUGUGGAAAGUUUUUUAGACUUACUUCAGCACUUAUACAACAUCAGAGGAUUCACAGUGGUGAAAAACCUUACGAAUGUAAGGUGUGUGGGAAGGCUUUCAGACAUAGUUCAGCCCUUACUGAGCAUCAGAGAAUUCAUACUGGAGAGAAACCUUAUGAAUGCAAGGCCUGUGGGAAGGCCUUUAGACACAGUUCCUCCUUUACAAAACAUCAGAGAAUUCAUACUGGUAAGAAACCCUAUGAAUGUAAGGAAUGCGGGAGUGCCUUUACACAGAAUUCAGAUCUCCUUCAGCAUGAUCAGAUUCAUAGUAGAGAGAAACCUCAUGAAUGCAAUGAGUGUGGAAAAACCUUUAGCCUGAAGCAAAACCUCAUAGAACAUAAAAAAAUGCAUACUGGAGAAAAAUCACAUGAAUGUACUGAAUGUGGUAAAGUAUUCUCUCGAGUCUCAUCCCUUACUCUACAUUUGAGAAGUCAUACAGGAAAGAAACCAUAUAAAUGUAAUAAAUGUGGAAAAGCCUUCACUUCUAUUCAGAUGCCAGGUCUCAUUAAACAUCAGAGAAAUAAUACUGGAAACAAACCCUAUGCAUGUAAGGAAUGUGGAAAAGCCUUCAGUGGCAAAUCCUAUCUCACUGAGCAUGAGAAAAUUCAUACGGGAGAGAAACCAUUUGAAUGUAAUCAAUGUGGAAGAGCCUUCAGCCAGAAGCAAUACCUCAUUAAACAUCAGAAUAUCCACAGUGGAAAGAAACCCUUUAAAUGUAACGAAUGUGGAAAAGCCUUUAGCCAGAAGGAAAACCUCAUCAUCCAUCAAAGAAUACAUACUGGAGAGAAACCAUAUGAAUGCAAAGGGUGUGGGAAAGCUUUCAUUCAGAAGUCUAGCCUCAUUAGACACCAGAGAAGUCAUACAGGAGAGAAACCCUAUAUAUGUAAAGAAUGUGGGAAAGCCUUCAGUGGCAAAUCAAAUCUCACUGAGCAUGAGAAAAUUCAUAUUGGAGAGAAACCCUAUAAAUGUAAUGAAUGUGGAACAAUCUUUAGGCAGAAGCAAUACCUCAUUAAACAUCACAAUAUUCAUACAGGAGAGAAACCUUAUGAAUGUAAUAAAUGUGGAAAAGCCUUCUCUCGAAUCACAUCACUCAUUGUACAUGUGAGAAUUCAUACGGGUGAUAAACCUUAUGAAUGUAAAAUAUGUGGGAAAGCCUUCUGUCAAAGCUCAUCUCUUACUGUUCAUAUGAGAAGCCAUACAGGUGAGAAGCCCUAUGGUUGCAAUGAAUGUGGGAAAGCCUUCUCUCAGUUCUCAACUCUUGCUCUGCAUAUGAGAAUCCACACUGGAGAAAAACCUUACCAGUGUAGUGAAUGUGGGAAAGCUUUUAGCCAGAAGUCACAUCAUAUUAGACACCAGAGAAUCCAUACUCACUAAAAGCUCUACGAAUGCCUUGAAUUUAGGAAAACUUUCAUCAGAACUCACACUUUAAUGGUAUACUGAAAAUUUGUUUUACAAUAAAGCGACGUGAAUGUGGAAAAUACUUCAACAACUCAAAAUUUAAAUACUAACAAUUUUAGUAAGUAUCGUAAUAUCAUGAAAACCUCUAUUCCCAGAACUCCCACAACAGACACUGUUAAUGUUGUACUUUUAGGAGCGAUCUCAUUAAGUACGGAUCCAGUCAUGAGCACUAAGCAACAUGGUUCUGGAAGGCCUCCCUGAUGCAUGAAGAGGUAUAAAGAUUUGACACUGAGAGACAAAAUUGUCAUUUUAAAAGUGUUUCACUACAUGUGUAAUCAGAAUUAUUUGUUCUUAAUUCAUUUGUAGAAAACAGAGAUUGGGAUAGAAUAUUGUAUUCAGAAACAUGCAUGUAUUUAUAGGGAACUGUUAAUUGAUAGAGGUGGUUUCAAGGUUGGUAGGGAAACGAAAUCAUGGAUGAUUCAAAAAAUGGUCUCAGGGUAACGGACUCUUCAUGUGGGAAAAUAAUAGAUCUCUGCUGUGGUAAUACAUUAAAGUAUUUAUUAUGAAAUCCAAAAGUAUCGAAGACUAAAAUGCAAAAAGCAAAACUUCAUAAUAUAAGAAUUUUGUAGGAGAAUGUUUUAAAACUUUUGUGGAGUAGGAGGGAAUUUCUAAAAUAGAUUCCAGGAUACUCUCAAGUAUACAUGCAUAUCCCCAAGAAACCAAUACAUGUGUCUAGGGAGUCAUGUAUCUUUAUGUUGAAGCAUGAAUUACAUUAGCAAAAAAACUGGAAACAAAUGUCUAUUGCUUGUGAAAUGGAUAAAUAAAAUGUGUUAUAGGCACAUAGCAGAAUAUUCUCUAGUAGUUGAGUAUAACAGGUGAUAUAUAUUUAAAUAUAUUAACAGAGAAAGACCUGAAAAGUCAUGUAGAGUAAAAACAACGAAGGGAUAAAUAUAAUCAUAACUGUGAAUUUGAAUUAAAUCAACACUAGCAAACACUAGUAUUAAGUGUUGAUUAUGGAUAAACAUUUUUAUGUAAAACUAAAGAAUAGAUUGUAAAGAUACACACUCGAAUUCCCAAAGGUGGUUGCCUCUAGAAAGAAUGGUAGUGGAAAAGAAAUGGAACCAACCGUGGUAGUUAGAUACUUCAGUUUUGUAUCUAAACAUCUAUCAUAGGGGCGCCUGGGUGGCUCAGUUGGUUAAAUACCUAUCAUUAAAAAGAUUCUAAGUAAAUCUGACAAAAUGUUAGUUACCUCUG